UGGCUUAUGGUGAUCAAGGAAUAACAUACAGAUACUCUGGAAUGACAGUUCCUGCGCUACCGUGGCCCCAGCCUGUCUUGUUGUUAAGAGAUUUUCUCUUCAAACUGAAGGGUAUUAAAUACGACUUUGUUUUGAUAAACAAAUAUAGGAGCGGUACAGACCAUAUGGGUGAACAUAGGGACAAUGAACCUGAUUUAGAUCCCACGAUGCCCAUAGCUUCAAUCUCUUUUGGCCAAGAAAGACCAUUUGUAUUAAAACAUAAGGAUGCAAGAAAACCGGCUGGCAAACAGAAAAGAGAUAUUGCACCAGAUGCCGUCACUAAGGAUUGACCAGAGCGAUCUGAAGUGCAAAAAUGGCUGCGACUAUUUUGGUAAUCCACAAUGGCAAGGAUACUGCUCCAAAUGUCACCGCGAACAGCUUCUGAGGCAAAGGAGGGCAGAAAAAGCGUCGUCGGCGACAUUACCGAAGCCAGAACAGAAGAAGCCGGAGAGAGCGAUCAAGCUCGCUUCGCAGUCCUUCUCCAAGUUCGAGGAGAAGCGGCUCCGACAGAGCGAGACGUUGAAGAAGGCGUUUAGCGUCUUCAAGAAGAGCAGCACAGAUGAUCAGGAGCACACGCCCGAGCGCAAGCCGCCAGAGUUCAAGAUCCCCGGCGUGAUCAACGAGGGCAUGAAGCGCGAGUUCCGGGUUCGGUUCUCGACGCUGCCACAGCCCGUGGACCGCGACGCGCGCGUGUUCGUGCACAACUUCAUCACGGACGUCAUCAAGUGCGCCAACGACAUGACUGUCGACGAGCUGUCCGAGAGAGUGCAGAGGCACUAUCAGCACUUCAUAAAUUACAUGGACACAUCGCCACACCUAACGAAUGUGGAGUCUGAGACGAAGGAGCUGCUUAUAGACUUUGUCGAGAAGCAUGCCAUGACUUAUUUACAUGGUUUGCCGGGCGUAGUGUUCUCGCCAAGCGGUACAGAGGACGAGCGCCUGGACCGCGCCAUGUCGGAGCGCAUCCAGCAACUGAGCUGGGUCGGCAAGCGGCACCUGGAGUGCAAGCUCGACCGCGCCAACAUCGCCAGCUGCCAGCCGCUCUACAAGGCCAUCAGUGGUGAGUGUCAAUGCGACAUGUCGGAGCGCAUCCAGCAGCUGAGCUGGGUCGGCAAGCGGCACCUGGAGUGCAAGCUCGACCGCGCCAACAUCGCCAGCUGCCAGCCGCUCUACAAGGCCAUCAGUGGUGAGUGUCAAUGCGACAUGUCGGAGCGCAUCCAGCAGCUGAGCUGGGUCGGCAAGCGGCACCUGGAGUGCAAGCUCGACCGCGCCAACAUCGCCAGCUGCCAGCCGCUCUACAAGGCCAUCAGUGAGCUGCUGGCGAUGGACGGCGCGCCGUCGCCGGGCGGCAAGCUGACGCGCGUGCGGCGCGCGUGCCGGCACGUGCUGGCGCUGUGCGGCGCGCCCGCCUCCGCCGACGACCUGCUGCCCGCGCUCAUAUUCACCGUGCUGAAGGCGAACCCGCCGCGUCUGGUCAGCAACAUCAACUUCGUGACGCGCUUCUGCAACGCGCAGCGCCUCAUGACCGGCGAGGGCGGCUACUACUUCACCAACCUGUGCUGCGCGGUGUCGUUCAUCGAGAACCUGACGGCGGAGUCGCUCAACAUGGACAAGCGAGAGUUCGACUGCUACAUGGCCAUGCCGGCCUCCAUCGGCGGCAGCACCUGGGCGGCGGCGCUGUCUCUGUGCGGCGCGGUGCGCGAGGCGGAGGAGCAGACGCAGCAGGCGCGCAAGCUGAUGGUGGAAGUGAAGAAUCUGCGCGUCAAGGCGCGGCAGCUCUCCUUCAACGCGGAGACCUUCGAGAAAGAAAUAGCCAAGAAAGUCCAAGACGUGCUGGCGAAGGCACCGCUUAAAGUGCAAAGACGACGAAUACUUCCCAGUUUUCGUGCUGUGAGAGAGGCAGGGCUACCGAUCAUAAAGGUGGAGCCUGAGCCCACCAUACCAAAUUUAAAAGACGCCCUACAAGUUAACCUAGAAACGAAAGACGCAAAUCUAGUCUCACAAAUAUUGGAUACACAGACAAAUACAGUGCCACAGACACAAAUAUUGGAUUUGCCACAAACUGAAAUCACGGAACAAACAAAAGUCCCUGAAGUGAAAAUUUCUGAAAUAGACAGAAAAAACGUGGUUCCGCCUUCAAAACCAUUGGAGGAACCAUUGAUAGUAGCAAUUGGUCUGAAUGAUGAUAAAAGUUUCCAUAAAGUUGAGAAAAAAUCGCCGAAAUCACCCCAAAAACUGCCAUGGGAGCUGAAACAUUCUGGCUCUUACGAGGUUUUGAGUCCUCUAUGUUUCGCUCCAUUUGACACUAGGUCUAUCGAUGAGCUGAUUACACCGGAUGACCUUGCCCCUGGACUGAGCAACAUCAACUAUGAUAUUGACUUAUCAGACUUCAGUGGUGAUAACAGCUUAGCUGAUGACCCCCCUAAGCCAAAAGACCCUUUCUCACCAGAUGGCAUAAAAAAAGAUCCAAUUUUCGACCCAUUCAGUCCACAAACGAGUCAAAAUUUAACACAACUUGAGAAAUUCGACGAAUUCAGUUUAGUCAAUACGAGGACGAAUGAUACAUUGGAAGCUUUUGAGGUGAUCCAUAGGAAGUUUGAAGCUUUGGGUCAGAGUGAUCCAUUUGGUUCCGACCAGAAGGAAGAAAAGUCUAUAUUAGAUGACAGCGGUUCACCCACUUCCGCUUCUCUAUUGCCAUCGCCAUUGUUACCACAGACAAGUAAACAGUGAGAUAUAUGGACCAGGGCACAGACAGAGAAGUAAAUAGACGCAUGGCUAGUAUCCUUCACAUUCUCUAAGAAAACUUAUCUAUGGGCUCUGUAAAAAAACUUGCAGUGUAGUGUGUUUUGAUGUUAAUUCACGUUCAAAUAUCUUUUCACUGACAAUGACACUAAUCAGUGGUGUAUUUAUACUUCAUCUAGGGGCCAGAGUGCUUGAAGUUAAAUACCACUAUUACAAUGGAAGUCAACAAGAAAGUAAGGAUUGGAUUAUAAACAAUGAUGUUAAAUACUGUUAGAUGUGUUACUAGGUCAUGAAAAAUGAGGCGCUCAAAUUUCCAUAUCUGAAUGUUAGUUAUGGUCAACAACAAACGUUAUUUAAACAAAUAAUACCUAAAUAUUGUUUACAAUGACGAGUUGUGUGUUCAGAAUUGAAUUGUUGGAAUUAAAGACAAAAUUGGGCAUUUGCUUAGAGUAUUAUUCGGUUCACUUUUUGCGGUGAUUUUGUAGGGACGUAACCGAUCUAUAGUAUAAAAUUAUCAUUGGAUAUAAAACGACCAAAUUAUAGUUCAAAAUUCGGUUGGAUUGGUCAAUCGUCAAGUGGUCUGUGAAGUAGAGAUAAUGAAGUAUGCCGAGUUGGAAUAUUUUAUUAAGAAAAAAUUGGUAGAUAAAACCUCUUACUAACUAGCACCUCCUUCAUUUAACGUCACUUUUUCAUACAUUCAUACAGACACGGUUAUUCUCAACUCUAUAGAAGAAAAAUAUAAAAAAAAUCUAGAGGUUUGUCUCUAUUGCUAACUACGAGUAGCUGCUUUAUGUGUGUAGUUUUAUUUAAAAUUCUCUAAAUUGGCUCACUUGGCUAAUUCACUAACUUUGACAUAUGUUAGUUGACAUAUAUGAAAUGACAAAUGUAACAAAUGUCAUGCAUGCCUACUGACAACCCUUCGUGGAUAUCAUACAGUAGGUAGAACAUUUCUCAGUUGAUUUGAUGUUUAAAUUUGACGUGUUUGUCUUGUCAGUAGGAUGUGUAUCUACUAGUUAAUAUUAUAAGAUAAUGGUGAUAAUAAAUAGUCGAAAACUUGAAAUUAAAUUUAAAUUUUUCGCUACCAUUAGAUGGCAUGUGCUGAAAAAAGCCGUUUGUCUGUUAUGUAUCUCGUUGUUUUUUAAGUUUCUUCAGUUUUUAACUUUGUACCCUUAAUUUUACAGAUCUUGUUAAUAAAUUUUAUGGUUGUAUCAAACAAAAAUGAAAUCCAUACAUAUUUAUAGCCGUUCUAGUAUUGUGUUAAUAAACUAUUUAUAAUAAA